AUGGACGUCUUGUCGAUAGAGUCGUGCGUCCGAGCAGUCAUUGCCGCGUAUCGCGAUGCUGCGGGGCUUGUACAGCGACUCAAAGAAAAGCAGACAGAAUCCGAAGGCUCUAGCCUGACGUCAACGAAAGAGCUCGAAGACUCGCUUGCUCUGGGUUCCGUAAAUGUCCAAAGUCAGCAUGACCAUGAUGUACGCCGGUUUGGGGAGACGUACAUCCGCGGAGAUGCCAUGGCACGGGAGCAGAUCAAAGACAUUGUCAUCACCCUACAAAAGGCGGUCAUUUCGCAUCUGCACGAGGUCUUCAUGGAAGAGGUUGAUCUGGACCUUCGCCUGCUGAAGGAGACGUCCGACAACAGCCGAACAAGUGCCAUAGUUUGUCUGGGCCAGCUCUACCAGAGGAUGUCCACAGCCGAGGCGCUCAGAGAACAGAUCUUCAGACACCACUUGGAUCAUUCAGACAGCGGAAGUCCGAGCUCGGUGCCUCGCUCGGACAGCCAGAGAACAUACUCAUCUGGUGAUGGGGCCCAAUCGACGACUUCCUAUACCACGCACAACUCUCGACCCAGGAUUGGCCAUCAUCGAACCUCGCCUAGUGGACCUCCGCCGCACGCAGCAUCCACGAUGCCUUCCGAGACCUUGCAAGAUAAAAUGCGUGGAGCUGGGAGCUGUACUGCAGGGGGAAAUGUGAUGCAGGGCCAAGAGAGGAAUGGCGAAUCUAAAGGUCCUUCCGUUGGCGGCUGGAUUUCGCAAAAGGUCGAUCGGCCCAAUGGCUUUGCCGUCGACAGGAUUUGGCCAUACAUUGAUGCAGCUGCGCCGCCUCCUAUUGACCUCUCUGCCAAAGUGACAGGCCAUAAGCCUCGACAAGAAUCGGCUCACCAUGCAGAUGCGUCGGUGGAAACGCGGAACAUCGGGCGAAGCCAGAAUCUCCUAUUCAAUCUUGAUCACAGUACGUUGGAGGUUGUCGAUACAUCUGCAGCUCAAGAAUACCUUCCUCAGGUUUCAUCGACAUCGUUGCAGCUGCGUCACCCGCAUGUGCAGCAGAACGGUUCGCAGACAUCGUGCAGUCAAGCAAGAGAUCCAUGGCAGCAACUGCGGGGUCGAGGCGUGCCUGCCACGUCCACGUCCGUUUUCAUGGCUGAUUCUCACCCAAGUAGGGUGCCCACGACCUCCUCAAUCGUAAGGCGCCUGUCAAUUCGGUCUUCGCACUCGGGAUCGUCUAGGGCCGGCGGAUUUUCUCUGAGAAGAGCCUUGCCACCAGGUAUCGUCGAUGUCGUCCAGAAGAAAUCGUCUGCGAAGGCGGGAGUGCAGCAUGAUCGCUCUCCCCCCCUUCGAGUGGUCAGGUCAGACCUUGAACUUCCAAGUGAAUCGAAUCUGGCAGGAUUUUGCAAAGGUGCAGUACGACAACAACUUGGAAGUAGGAAAAAGGGCUUCGUGCUUCACCACAAACAGGGGGACAAGGGGGAGAAGUGGUUCUUUCGAUGCACCAAAUGCAGCUUUGCAGGACCCGCAACCAUAUCGACGGCAUUGCCAAGCGGUGGACGUGGUGCCGUAAAGCGCGAAAAGACGUUUGACACAAAGAUCAGAAUAUCUCCAGGAGGCAUCAAGUACCGGUGGGCUUUUCUUGCCAAAAGCCACGUAUCCAACAAAUCCAGCAAGAGUGACCUGUCCAAUGUCACUGAUAAGUAUGGCUGCUAUCUCUGUCUUGCGGAAGGAGCCACCAAGGCUUGGCUCGAUAACAAGCAACGGUCUUCAUUGGGAACAAGCGGUGAUGCGCGCAGAACGGAUAGUAUGGCUCCAAUGUUCAUAGGGUUGCAUGCGUUCAUCACGCAUCUCGAGACACAUCGGUUGCCAGACAGAUUUCCGAGUUCGACUGUGGCAGGCGAACUGAAUUGCAUCGUCGGACGGGUCGCAAGUGAAAGCGAGGAUUUCGAUUUAAAUCUGCCCCAUCGGCAGAAUGAGGACAUCGCGGAGCUCUUGUAA